AUGUAACCGUUUUUUUAAAUCGAGUAAUACUUUUUCGAGAUGAAUUAAUUUCAGGCGCGGCUACCAAUCUUCAUGAAACUUUCAAGGUCAGCGUUAAUUUGUGUAAAGAAAACCCAAUAAAUAUUCCAAAUCAAACAUACCGCAGUUAUUUCUAACAGUACAUUGCUAAAAUUGCUUCCCUUUGUUUUCAUAAGCAAAUGCAAUUUAAGUAAAUCAUCCAACUUGUUGAAAAAUCUACCCGCAAGAAUCAUUUACGAUGACUUCGAAUUCCCUGAUAGAAGCGGGCUCAAUUGUUAUGCUUCGAGCCAUAGAACUUGAGAAACAAUUAAAAUUUACUGAAAGUUUGACAUGCUAUGAAGAAAGUAUUGGUUUAUUCAUCAAAGCUCUACGUUCUAUUCCUGAUAAUACACAAUCAGAAUUCAAAGACAGAUUCAGACUGAAAGUUUCAGAGUAUAUAACCCAUGCAGAAAAACUUAAGGAAAAACUUAAAAAGGAAUCAGAAAAUGGAAAUUAUCACGAACAAAUUGUUAUAGAAGAAGGUGCUAUUGGUUACAGUUACAAGAAGGUUUUUGGAAGAUUUCUUGAAGAGGGUACAGUAAGGAAAGUUUGGGUGGAAGAUCCGUAUAUCAGAAAUAGUUAUCAAAUUGAGAAUUUUUCUCACUUUUGUGAAGUCAUCGUUCAAUCAGUGUCGAAGGUGAAAAAUAUUUAUUUAACCACCGGAGAAGAUGCCCAGCAUCCAGAUGAACAAAUAGAAAAGUUUAACAUGUUAAAGGGUGAUCUAGAAAAGCAUUCAGUUACUUUUGAGUGGACGUUCUCGGAUACCUUACAUGAUCGAGAGAUACGUCUCGGAUUGUAAUUGUUCGGUUUCAUUUUAAACAGUCAUCUCCCACCAUUGUGGUCAAUUCAAAAAGAUUAGUGUAUACAUAUGUCGUGAGGUUGAAUAUCCUUUUCCAAUGUUCAAUGUAAGUACGAUAUCUGGAAUUUUUGAACAUCUCUCUGUUCAUUUAGUGGAUUAGCGUUAUAUAUGACAGCAUGGUUUUCACUAAGGAAUUCAUUUUAAUGAUCUGAAACUAUCUAGAUGUUUUCUACGAAUUCCUCACUGUAGCGCCUCCCAACUUGCCGGAUGAAUAAAACAAAUAAAGUGAACAUUGGAGCUUGAAAUAAAAUCCUCGGUUAAAAUUAUAUCCUUAUAUGCAGCAUUCACCUAUUAAAUGAACGGAAAAAUACUCGGAAAUACUUGAUGGCAUACGCACAUUAAAUAUUAAAAAGAGCUACAAUCUCAUGAGCAAAUAUCCUGUUACUAUGCAUGUAAUUUAUUGGUUUAUAGAAAAUCAGAGUUCAGUGAUAUGUUUUGGUUUUUUGAGUAUUUUCCUCUCUGUUGUGUUUUAUAAUUAGUGCUAAUACGAGAAAUUAUUUAAUUGGUGUUGAUGUUUACACUGAAACUUGGACCAAUUAUUUAUCUCUUGAAAUAUCAACAUAAUAUCUAUUUAACUAUUGAGUCUAUGUAGUCAUUAAAUUGUUCAGCAAGUAUAAAGGUUUUAAGUACGUUUGUAAUUUCUUAUUGUUAAUAUUCAAAAUAGCAAGUGAUCAGGUACUAGGUUCAAGUCUCAGUAUAAAUAACAACACGAAGUUGGAGAUAUAUCCACCUGAAAAGUCCCAGAUAAGACUAUAUGUGUGCAUCUUAGGUUCCACUGCUGACCACAUAAAGAAAUAUACCAACCUCAAGCUAUAUCUAAUUAAUCCAAUCUAAAUUCAUCUUGUUAACCUUUUUCUCUAGAUUUGAUAUAAUUAUUAAAUGUGACAGUUCCAAUCAAUCCACAUUCAUGCUUAUGUUGUCACUAUAACUUAGUAUUGAACAAAUCCCAUAAAAUUAUUCACUUUAUUCAUGAUCAUCUAUGUGUGUUUAGUUGAAAAUAUUUUCGUCUUAUUUUUUUUUUGUUGCUGUUUUUAAAAAUGAAAAAUAGAUUUGAUAGUGGAUGGAUUGUUAAAAUUGGUCGUGGGUUGGAUUAUAUACGUCGUCCUGAACAUAAAUUUUGUGGUCUCGGUGUACAUGACUAUGACUUUCGGACAUGUUCUGCAACAACUAUUGACAUAUUUCAUUCUUCUAUAUUACGUCAAGAUACAUAAAGAAAUAUAUAUGAACUUUCCUUUUUAAAAACUAAUUUAGUAUAUGAUGUUAUUAUCUAUUUACCCUGAAAAUAAAUCAGUAAGGGGAUGAUAAAACAUCUUGACGACCUCAAACAUACAACAUUUCGAUAACUUUCCAUUAUCAUUAGUCUUUCAUCUUUUUUUUAAAAAGAAAUUAUGUUACAGAAUCAUUUUUUAACUUUAACAAGUUUUUUUCUAUGUUUUUUACUCAUUUGGUCGUUGUAUUUAUGUGUUAGGUCAAGGAAUCAUUUAAUUUUAAGAUUUGAAGCAUUCAAUGAUUUUUUCUAUCAACUAAACACUGGUUAUCUUCGUAAGCAACGUAGAGUUUGGCGCAUAUAUUCAUUCUUUCAUGUUGUCAUACUAUAUUAAAACGGUGAGAUGAAAUUAUUAAGAUAAAUGCUGGAAUAGUAGAAAUAGUAAUAGUAUCAGGAGUAGUGGAAAAGAUUGAAGGAAGAGUGAAUUUUUGAAGUUUUUUUAUUUUUUUAUUUGAACACAUAAAUAUUGG